AUUAAGUUUGGCUGGGUUGUAUUUCACUCCUGCAAGGAAUGAAUUGGUGGUCGAACGGAUAUAUUCUUAUCGAGCGUAUAAAUCGCGCCAUGCUUUUGAGCUGAACAAACCGCACGCUUGUCAUGUUGAAUCUGGUUCUCUUUUUCGUUCUGGUGGGACUUCACAGUCUCUCUGCUGACAAUUCCUUCCACCACAACGUGGACUUCACAACUGACGACAACGGGGAACGUUUUAAACUACAUAGUUCUGGUGUCCUCAGUGAUGUUAUAGAUCUUGAUGCCGUUGACGGACUAAAGAGACUCGUGUGUGUGGAUGACAGGAUCCUUCUGGUAACCACUCAAAACGAUGUUGGCAGGGACUGGAGAGUUGGUCAGCUUAUUCUUGGGAGCACAGCAUGGAGAUGCAACGCUUCACAGGGAUCUGGCGGGGAUGGGAUAUAUGCUAAGAUCUCCAGCAUCUACUUCCCAACUGAAAAUCGUAUUUCAAUACAUAUUGUCCAAGCUGGGCCAUAUGACAUGAUAGAAGAAGCCAACAUUCACUUCCGCUACAGCCCUGGACGACCUGAUCUACCGCUUGAGACUAAACUACGUCAUCGCCGUUACUUGUCGAACAUCCUCACCAAAAUACUCGGCAAUCUCAACUGGCACGCAAAUUUCUCAACCAGAAUUCCAUUCAAUGAACAUAAUAAUCAAACCAAAGCUGCUGACAAAUACUUUGCAGUCCACAAAACCUUUGGAUCGAGACAGGUAGAUGUGUCCUUUUCCCCGUCGCAAGAGGACCUUCUUAUGCUGAAGGAUGACUUUACCCUGAGGUGCAUAGAUUGUCACGGAGGAACAGAUAUGUCAUAUGUGUUUGAACUACUCAUAAAGAAGGUCAACAACAAGCCGAAACUGCUGAAAUACAUAUCACAGCUUGAAGGUGUAUCCCAACUACGGGCUGACAUUGAAGUGGAAUUUAGCCAGGAAAUGGGUGUGAACUACACAACACCCCUUUGGGAGACUGGGCCGAUACAGCUCAUACGCAUACCUGUGGCAGUGGUCAGGCGACUACCUCCUGUGGAACUAUCUCUUGCUUACAAUACACAAGCCCUGGCUAGCGUCUUUGGUUACUCCAGAGACUCUGCUAGAGGCAGGACAGGGUUCAGAGCAAGUGGCAGAUAUACAAUAUCUCAACAGUUUGAAGCAUCAUCAUCACUACACGGAGACAUCACAUCUCACGCCUGGACCUCAGAUGGACAGGACAUGGUGGAAAUGAAUGUUCCAGAUACACUCAACGUUACAGUAGAUAUUUUCCAGAAGAUUUUCUUCAACGCAUCUGUUUCCUGGAAAGUAAAGGACAUAACGAUCAACCUGUACCCACCAAUGGAAAUAAUAGUAAAACCAAGUAUGAAAAUGGAAUCUGUCAUUAAUGGACUAGAAGUAUGCACAGAAGCGACACUUGCAGUAGAUGGAUUAUUUUCUGUUGAAAAGUCAGUUCUCUCUGUUGAAGCAUUUGGAUUAAACAUAUGGGAUGUUAUGUUAAAUCCGCAAAUAUCGAAAAGAGAGACUCUCACAGAGUCCAGUUUGUCCAUUACCUGUCUGGCCCAUUGUGAUGGCCCCGCAGAGCUCGGCCCUCCUCUCACACAGGACCAGGUUUGUGGCGCAAUGAGCGACAGGGUGUCGAGGACCAGCAGUCAGUUCAAUGGGUUCGAGGUUCUGGAAGGAACGGACAUUGUGUUUGCCGCUGAGGAAAGUGAACUUUGUGAAUUGACCCCAUUGUCAUGUUCACUAUGCAACAGCACCGAUUCAACAACCAUUUGCGCCAGUCGAUAUGUGACAGCUCGUCUCGCACGUGCAAUCACUAAACUAAGUCAAAUGGUCAAAAUAGAGUGGUCAAAUGCUACGCUCAUAGUACUAGCUGCCUGGGAUGAACCAAGCCCAGCCUUUCCUGAUGGACACCAUGGAAACAGUUCACUACACUAUGAAGGCAGAGCUGCUGUAGUGACGGUGACAGGAAUGCCAGCCGCCAAUACGACCAUUGAUAGACUUGGCUCUCUGUGUGUCUGUUCCGGAUUUGACUAUGUCAGCAUUAACAGAGACCUCGCUGUUGCCCAUGUUGCGAUGAAGAGGGAUGGUGUGACAAACACUAACACUGAAAAAGCAAUGUUUGAAGAUCUUAUUGCUGACGAUGUUAAUGACAGUCGAUUUCAAAACUGUGUGAGAGAGGCCCCCACCUUGAAUGUAGGCGAUACCGUUCCUUCUGGAGAAGGUGUAGAUGAAGUGUGUGGUCCACCUCAAGGUGUUCUGAGCAGGGUGAACUAUGAAGACAUGGAAAGGCUGUAUCACUACGACAGGAGUGAUGUUGUGUUCAGGCCUGAGGGGAACUCCACCAAUGUGUGUGGAUUCUCUACACGAAGAUGUAGAACACCUUGUCUUCCCUCCAGAAACCAAACAGAGCCUUGGUCAUAUUGCAGUAAUCGGCUUAUGACACCCAGGAUGGCACUAAAGCUAAAACAACUCGCUAAACUUGCGCAGACAGAAGCCAUAGGCGUGAACGUUGAAAGAGCAUUUACUGAACAACCAGACGUGCCACUGCAUUACAGGGAAGGAAGAGGAAUGCAGCUCACAAGUUCGCCAAUUUCAAGUUUAGAUAGAUUGGCAGUUUUGGCUGCAUGCUCUGGUUUUGAUUUCAUGAAUUUUUCAAGCCCCCAAUUUAUCGAGGUGUUUGUCAAGAGUCAGGAAGAUUUCAUUGGGAUACGGGUAGAGUUUUCUCAUGAGGACAUUGCUAGGCUUGCUGUUGCCCCUCCUCCACAUCAGCAAAUAGAAUACCUCUACCCAGAAUCACUAGAAAAUGAAGCUAUAAUUCCAAACCUGUUCACCGGUUUUGACAAAGAAACCCAUCUAUCUGAAUUUUACACAAUCGAAGAUAUGAGUUGUCCAAAUAGACCUUAUUUGCGGGUAGAUUCGUCGCUGCUUAUGUGUCUAGAUCUUAUUUCCGAGGAAUAUGACGAUAAAGUAGAAAUAAUUAAGGGUUCCGGAUACCGGACACAGUCCGUAAAUAUGAUAAAUUUUGAUAUUAGGCAUGUGGAGGAAAUGUAUAGAUUCCAAACAGGACAGGCCGUUGAGUUGAGGCCCCCCGGGUAUCGGCAUGAUUCUGAACUAGUUCAUUUGGCUAAAAUGUUGUUCAGAUCCUGUACGCCCUUUCUAAGACAGCAGAUGAGGGGUUUAGGAGUAGGGUGUCACAAGGAUCGACUGUAUGUGGAUAUCAGACCACUUCAAGUUGGCAAUGAAAUGAACUACAUCACACUUUGGAACGCUCGGAACACGACCUACUUCAGGCAGGUACUGGAAUUACAAGAGGAGUUGCUUGACGGUGGUCCUGUUAUUCAUCCUUUUGACAAAGGGAUCUGUGACAUGCAUCCUCUAGGAGGUGCGAAACAGUACCUUACCUUCCAGUUUCAUCAAAAGGGAUUAUGUUCCACGACCGAGCAGCCAGUUUUCUGCAGUGAAACGUUACCAUUCCGCAAGGAGGAAGUUAGAAAGUUGCAGGAGCGAAUGACCUCAGCUGCUGGGUUCGGCCGUCUUCCUAGAGCAGACAUCAAUCCGGACAUACAGAAAUGUCUGGUUAAUUUAUGUGGGGGAUGUCCGGCGACAGGUCACAUGUGGGAUGAGAAAGUGAAGGCUUGUUCAGUGGUUGUGGACAAGUUCAUAAACCGAGCUACCCGAGCAUUCCCUGAUUUGACAGACCGGGCAACGUUCUUUGACACCGAGAACGCAGAGUCAAGCGUCCAUUCCCUCGCCUGCCAUGAUGGCAACAUCUGUGUUGAAAACAUUCAGCUGUACUCUUUGUUAAUGCCGUUGAUGACGUCACGUUAUCGACCAGAGCCUUCAGGUAGCAUUGAGAUGUUGAUGUUCAGUUCCGAAAAGAAUCCGAUGCCACUGAUGGAACUUGUGGAGCAGGAGAUGGCCUACAGGGCCGCAGGCAGGGUUCAGAUCUUCAUAGAUCACCAGGAAGAUGUGAAGAGCUUGAAAGGAAUUCUGAAGGUUCUCAUGGUCUAUAACAAGAACGUAACUGAAGUCGAGUUCCAUGUCUAUGAUGACCUCGACGUUGAUUUGAUAAGAGCUGACGUGCAGCGCAACCUGGACGUGUGGGCAGGACACACCUGUUCCGAUCACAGCAGAUUCGCCAUAUCCCCCUUCACAUUUCACCAACUGAGCCGUUCUAGGAGGAAGAGAAGUCUUGCAAGAAGUCAACACAGAAAUGAGGCUCGACAGAAAAUAUUUGACUGGGAGAUGGAGUGGAUGAUGAAACUUCUGUAGUUAAUGAAAGCUUCUGCGUUUUAAUGAUAAUUGUGUACGGUGUAUGUUUAAUGAAAGGGCACAAUUACGUUUUACCUGUGUGUGUGCAUUAUAUCACUAAAAUGUUUCCUAUGCUUUGGAAUUGCUCGGAUUGACCUUUACUAUUACUGUUUGGAUUGGAAACAAGAUCGUGUACAAAGAAGAGUGAAGUGCAGAGAAUUCAAUGAAAAUUUGAUUUUUAAGUUAAUUUUGAGAGGUAUAGCCAACCAAGUUUCAUUUUUAUUCAAUCAUAGGUCAAACAUAGUCGACCUGUUAUCAAUCCUAACUUCAGUUAGAUUUUAUCACAUCAUAUCGGUUUAUCACAAUGUACUUGCUUCAAAGAGAAUAUUUGCUACUGUAGAAUGAGUUUGAAAAAUAAAUGCGUUUCCAGCUAAA